AUGAACUCACAACACAACACUGACAUCGCAUUAAAAAAGAGUCUUAUUGAAAAGAAAUUAGAAGAGAGUGGAGAGAAACAAAGACUCGAGGAAUAUUUGAGACAAAAGCUGAUUGAAUGCGGCUGGAAAGACGAACUUAAGAAGUACUGUUUAGAUUUAAUCAGAAGCAAGGGACUUGAGAAGAUCAAUCUUGAUGACCUAGUUGAAGAACUUCUUCCAAAGGGCAGAGCACUCGUUCCAACAAAGAUCAAGGAGGACUUAUUGGCCAGAAUUAAGACUUAUCUUGAAAAUGAUUCUGAUUAUAAGAGACUCACUGGCUAUUGA